AUGGCUCUUCCUCUCCUCGUGAACAAUGCCGACUGUGGGCCUUCCAAUCCACUCCAAGGACUUUCGAAACGUUUCGAUCAAGACAGAGGCAUUCAGCAGGACCAUUUCGCAGCAAACCGGGCUGGCUCUUCACGAGAAACCUUCAGAACUCAGCAAUCCGUUCAGUCCGAUAUAGCACAAGAUGCCGCACGAUUCUUUGGUCCACAACUACCAACGCAACUAACGCACCCCAACGCGUUUGACUUGUCUGCUCUCCAUGCUUCGCUUCCACAACAGUCUCAGGCCCACGCUCCAGCAGCAUGGGCGUCUGACUUCAUGCUGACGGUAACCCCCCAAAUCAACACGCCACGCGAAAUCGCAACACCCACAACAAUGCUUCAGUCCCGGGGUGGGCAGCAGCAGCCACAACAACAGCAGCAAUGGGGUCCGAGGUUUUCGCAGUACCCCAUGCCAAUGUUUAACUCCGCAAUGGCCAUGCAACCAGUGUCGCACUCGCAACCUUCUACCCAGCAUGAUCAGAUAAUCUGGGAUCGCGAGUUUGAUGCCGCAAUGUUACAGGAGGCGCCGCAAGUUCAAGACAUGAAACAAAUCACUCAGGAUGCAGAUGAGUUGGCGAGAACUGCUGGAAUAUUAUUGGAAACUGUGGGCGAAGUCGCAAAUCCCAAAUUCAAGAAUAGCGAGUUCAUGGGUCUCAUGCGUGGAUUACGAGACCGCGACAUUGUUGUCGAGGGAAAUGAUAUGGUCAAGAAUACCGGGCAAACAUCUAUCGAUGUCAAGGGCAAAGGUCGGGCAGUGAAUCUACCCGUCGUCGACCCAUCAAGCUCGAUGCCAUUCAGAUAUCAGCAACUAGAACAGCAACAACGGCCUGUGGAGGGUUUGAAAGUGGAGGAAGAAGAUCCAAACGAGGCAUAUUUUCGCCAGGAAAACAUCGAAUAUCAGUACUAUUGGGCAGAAGCGAAUGCGGCCCGAGCCAAGCAAGCUUCUACGUCACAACAAAAUGAAUGGGAACAUCUGCAGCAAGAUUGGGAUAACUUUGAGGCAACGAAUGCUGGUAUCGUGCCGGUAGACCGAUAUCGAUUCCAACCCAACAAUCCUUACCUCUCUUCAUCUGCAACAACCCGGCAUCAUCUCGCCCACCAUGGAAGAGAGGCGUUUCUUGAAAGCGUUCUCGAGCUCGAAGCCGUUGUCCAACGCAACAUGAAUGAUGCAUCUGCCUGGUAUGACCUCGGAGUGAAGCAACAAGCAAACGAGCGCGAACACCAAGCACUACAAGCCCUCCAACGAGCUGUGGACCUGGACCCGACUCACCUUCCCUCUUGGCUUGCUCUUGCCGUCUCGCAUACCAACAACGGCGAUCGCACGGAAACCGCAGCAGCCAUUCGACAAUGGGUGGACCGGAAUGAUAGAUAUCGAGACGCAGUUCAGCAAUUCAGGGCAAAUACCACAGAACGAGCGGAUGCACCAAUGCAAGAGCGUUUUGGGAACCUCAUCCAGUGCCUCAUAGCGAUGGCGCGGAGCGAUACAUCUGGAGAGAUUGAUGCUGAUAUCCAAAUAGCACUGGCAGUUCUGCUGAACAGCAAUGAAGCAAGCUAUUCUCGCCUUCCAGUUCUCCAGCCACUAACAAGAGCUUGCCAGGACUAUGAAAAAGCUCAGGACUGUUUCCGGACGGCGUUGGCUGUUCGGCCAGAUGACUGGUUAUUGUACAACCGGGUUGGAGCGACUAUGGCCAACAGUGGUCGAGCGGAAGAAGCGUUGGAAUAUUACAACCGCGCUCUUGAGCUCAACCCACUUUACAUUCGCGCUAGGUUCAACCUGGGGAUUUCCUGCAUCAAUCUUCGACGGUUUGACGAUGCCGCUCAUCAUAUUCUGGACGCAUUGGGUUUACAGGAAAGUGACGGUGUGGCAUCUUCGAUGGAUGCUAGCGGUGGAGUGACAAAUACGGCCCUCUGGGACAGUCUCCGGACUGUGUCUAUGAAUCUACAGCGGCCCGACCUCGCAAUAUUGUGUGACGCCAGAGAUUUAGAUGGUUACCGCAAGAGUUUCAGAGGAUGA